AAAAAAUCUCCGUUACUUAAUUUCCGCUGUUUUCACAGACGUAACGUUUCUUCAAACUGCAACAACAAUGGCGGACAAAGAAGUUUCGAUGGUUCGCAAACCCGAGGACGAAUCUAGUAGCCAUCGUAAUCCUUUGUUUUCGAUCAUCUCGAAGUUCACUCAGGUUUUUAACUUACGUUUUCCACCAUCACCACCACCACCACCGGCGAAGAAAGAUGUAGUGAAGGUGGAGAGGGUGAGCAAAGGAUCUGGAGAUGCGGUUUUGCACGGUAGUGAAGUGGCGGAGGAGUCGAAACUGGUGACUGUUAGGUUUCCGGAAGCUCGGACGACGACUGUUGCUCCGUUGAAGCUUGAACCGGAGGAGGUGGAGCAAGGUACCAAACCUGUUGUUCUUUGGCAGGUUUAUGCAAUUGGAGGAUUUUUCAUCUUGAAGUGGGUGUUGGGAAGAUGGAAAGAGCGUAGGGCAAAGAAGAAGUCAUCCGAUGAAGAUUCACCACCACCACCACCAGCAGCCAACGAGUAGUCAAUAAAUGUACUCUGUUUAGCCUGUAUAAAGUCUGAAUACAAAGAAUCCACAACUUGACACACUUUGCAAGCUAACUCUUUCUACUUCAGUAAAUGUAAUAUUAACUGACAUUACGUUAAAUAAGCUGACAUAAAACACAUUCUAUAUAC